AUGGCUGGAAACGGAGACAUGGAUGGUACAGGGAAGAUUGGACCGAAAGGCGGGGACGGUGGACUAGUGGCUGGAAAUGGAGGCAUGGAUGGUACAGGGAAGAUUUCACCGAAAUGCGGGGAUGGUGUACCAGUGGCUGGAAAUGGAGGCAUGGAUGGCAUAGGGAAGCCUGGACUUAGAGGCGAGGCCGUUGGACUAGUGGAUGGAAAUGGAGGCACAGAUGGUAUAGGAGAGCCUGGUACUAGAGGCGGGAACAUUGGACUAGUGGAUGGAAAUGGAGGCAUGAAUGGUAUAGGGAUGCCUGGAACUAAAGGCGGGGACAUCAGACUAGUGGAUGGAAAUGGAGGCAUGGAUGGCACAGGGAAGUCUGGACUUAGAGGCGAGGGCGAUGGACUGGUGGCUGGAAAUGGAGGCAUGGAUGGAAUAGGGAAGCCUGGACUUAGAGGCGAGGACGAUGGACUAGUGCCUGGAAAUGGAGGGAUUAAUGGUAUAGGGAAGCUUGGACUUAGUGGUGAGGACGGUGAACUAGGCGAGCCUGGAAAUGCAGGCACAGAUGGCACAGGGAUGCCUGGAAUUAGAGGCGAGGACGGUGGACUAGUGGAUGGAAAGGGUGCCACUGAUGGUAUAGGAAAGCUGGGAAUCAGAGGCGAGGACGUUGGACUAGUGGAUGGAAAUGGAGGCACGGAUGCUAUAGGAAAGCCCGGUACUAGAGGCGGGAACAUUGGACUAAUGGAUGGAAAUGGAGGCAUGGAUGACACAAGCAAGGUGGGAACCGAAGGCGGGGAUGGUAUAUGGAAGGCGGGUGCAGAAGGCAGCUCAGAUGGUGCAAGAUGGGCGGGGAGUAGAUGCCUGUGUAAGGAUGGCAAUGGACCAGAUAAAGGUGAAUGA